AAUGAACGCCACAUAAUCAGAAAGCUAAGAAACCACCGAUCCUCCAACUGGAGGAUCAUUUCACCACAUAUAAUAAUGAUCAAUGACACAUUAAAGGCACGGCUAUGGUUAAGUGGCUAAGGAAAAGCAGUUCUUGCUGAAAAUUCAUGUUUCAUGUUCUGCCAAAAGAAGCAUCCCUCACGCGUUGGACACAGUUAGAAUUGGGCGUUAACCACAUCACUUGCACCGAGUGAGCUCCAUUACAGUGCUAGCUAAUUUCCGCUAUGGCAUCUCCCGUUCCUUCAGCUUCAUCCUUCCAUACUCCUUCCAAUAAUAAUCUCCCCAAACAUCCCGUGACACCGCUAGCCGACCCGGCGGCCGCCAAGCUCCGCGCCCAACGCAAGCAGGAGCGUGCCGCAGCCAAGCGCCGUCCGGACAAUGUGGUUGACGCGGGCACCGCUGUAAAUUUCGACGACGCCCCGCAGACAGAGACCAACGAGAGCGUCCACACCGAUCUGUGCAGCGAUGACCUGAAGAUUGCUCUGCAGUACUAUGCACGCCAUAACAAGCAGUUUCUGAUGGAUGUCUUUGUUAAGCACUUUACUGAGACCGAGUUGGAAUACUUCUUCCAGGAGCUGCACAGCUUCGAGAAUGAACGAGUCAAGAUGGAACAGGCCUUUACCAGUCAUGGACGGUGGAGUUUUGACGAUCUGAACCAGAGGUUUAUCGGGAUACCGGCCACCAAUAUGAAAAAGUACCCCUCGGAAACCUUUCAAACGGAUCCGUACCGAUAUAAAUUACUAGGCGAAGAGUUACCCGAAAACGUGACGAGCGAAUCCACCGAGAAGAAAUCUCAACCCGCUACGCCCCACCUGUACGGUAAAUGGCAUAAGUCAAAAACCUCCGCUGUCAAAGAAUACAUUCGCGUCGGCGACAUCCGCCUGUAUGAACGUUUACUAGAGAAUUUAACAGCUGACUGCACAGCAACCCAUCUGUUUAAUAAAAAGAAGGUCAAACUCAAGCCCAAAGCCAAACAUACGCCCUGUGUGUUGAAAGAAGAUCCGGCGUCGAGAGAAUCGAUUCUCGUCCACCCCGGCACGAAGCAUGUCUUUACCCCACCGUCUACUAGAAAGAUUCCUCGGGAUGUAGAGACCGUAGAGGUGUGUGAUCCCGCAGCCCCAGCAGCGUACUUUCCGGAUCACUCAGAUCUAGCGGUGCUGUAUGAGUAUGUAGAAAAUUACAGGGAGCUCAUGUGGGCGGACGAAGCCGCAGUGUAUGUGCUGGACCCGAUGAGCAAGUGUCUAACAAAGGUCAUCAACGAGUCGCCCGUUAAGGUAGUGAAUAAAGAUGCGCGGCAUCCCACAAUGGCUGCGUUGCAGAGUGAUCGCUGCAUCGUAUCAAAUCAUGUUGACCAUGAUCUGAGAUACUCUAUUUUGACUGGUGACGAUACCACAUCCGACGUUAAACAUAUUAUGGCCAUUCCGUUUCACGACACCAACGGCGCCGGUCGCGGCGUUAUCGAAUUCAAACGCACUCUGCGCUUCCCGGCACCAUUUACGGAAGCCGCCCUCCACUCUGCCACCGAGGACCUCCACCAUUUUGCCUACAUGCUGUAUAAAGCCGCUGACUAUCGUCGCGAGCUGAAUGUCUACCGGGUCCUCGGAAAACGGUUUCAUGAACUUUUCGUUAAACCCAACAAUCUCGAUCACAUUAUCUACCGCUUUAUGAUUCUCGUGAAAAGCCUAUUGAAUCCCGCGCGAGUCCACCUAUUCCGGGUAGACACUGACCGGAAAUAUGCCGUUGCAUCCGCGUACGAUACCGGGAGGAUGUCUCACUACGGCUACCACUUUGACUACUCCCGGACCAUCAGAAUUCCGGUCUGUGCGACCUUUGUCUUCGACUUAGUGCAGCUGCGACAGCCGAUGAACGUCAAGCAUCCUAGUGAUGCGUCGAUCGCCGGACAAGGUUUAGAGGCAUACCUUCCGGGCCCACCGAUCACCAGUCUCCUGGCGAUGCCAUUCACCGAUGACCUGGAAAACAAACUAUGUGAGUUCAUUCUUUUGAUAAACGACCCCGGGAAUAACGGUUUCUCUGCAUCCGAUGAACACAUUCUCAGCGCGCUGCUGACUUUUUUCGUGUCCGCUAUCGGGACAUUAUCGUACCGCUACCGGGUACAGGCCACAUCGCGACCGCUAAGGGCCGAGGGGGACUUAUUCUGCCGACUGAGCAUCGAAAGCCUCGACGAUGUCGAGGAUCUUCUGCGAAUGUGCCAGGGAAACUUUUCAGUGCCGUCAGAGUUCUACACGCAUGAUUUUUACUGUAAGGCAUAUUUGGAAGAUAAUUUGAAACUGCCGUAUUUGUUCAUGAUGAUGGUGGAGGAUCUGUUUGGAAACGACGCUUUUGACCAGCGGAAGUUGGCGGCUUUUACGUUGGCAGUGCGCGAAGGCUAUCGGAGUGUCCGCUACCAUGGAUGGCAUCACGGGAUCAGCGUAGCACACACAAUGUUCGUGAUGCUGCGCGAUAACCGUGACCAUUUCACGGAUCUCGAGCGGAAGUCUUUAAUGGUCGCCACCCUUUGUCACGACCUCGAUCAUUUGGGCUUCAAUAACGCCUUUGCCAAGAAGUUCAUUUCUCCGUUGGAGAAACUGUAUCCGGCCUCACAGAUGGAGAACCACCACAUCCGCGAGACAUUCCGUAUCCUGUCCAUUAUUAACUGCGACAUCUUCCAUAACUGGUCGGAAGCGGACAAAUCCGCCGUUGCCGUCAUGAUCAAAGAGGCCAUCCUGGCCACGGAUCUAGCGCUGUAUUUUGCCGGGAAACGCUCUUUCGAAGCCAUGCUGGACAACGAUGAGAUUCGCCUAGACAACGGCGACCACCGACGGCGGCUGAUGAAUAUCCUGAUGAACGCCUGCGACCUGACGGCGUCCACCAAACCCUGGGGGUACCAGGCCGAGUGCACUCGGGAUCUGUACGAUGAAUUCUACACCCAAGGCGACAUUGAGAAACGCUACGGCGAGCCACCCAUCCCAAUGUUGGAUCGGGAUAACGAAGGCAACCUGGCCCGGGAGCAAGUUGGAUUUUUGCGGUACGUGUGCAUGCCGUUGUAUGCGCUAGUUAGCCGCAUACUGCCCAGUACGCAGUGUCUGGUGGACAGCUGCGUGGUCAACAUGAUGCACUGGGAACAGGAGGUCAUCAAGGCGGAGGAAGCCCAAACGGAGAAGCUCGCUGUGGGAACCCAUGAGCGCGCUAAUGAGGUUGAGCAUCUGGAUCCCAGUGAUGUGGUUAUGGGAGGAAAAGCGAAGCGGCCUCGCACCCCGCGCUCGGGAGCUAGUGAUGUGGAUACUCGGGACAAGCAUGGAAGGGGGCUAGCAAAAUCACCCAAACCAAAAGCGGGAAAAGUGGAUGACAAGGCUACCAGAGCAAAAGCGAAUGCGAUGUAACGGAUCGUAUACUUCGAAAUACAGUAAGAUGUUUCGUUUACCAUAGGAAGUUUUUGGCUAUAAACUCUGUUCAGUGCUCUGUAGAGUUGAGCAAUAUCCUAAACAACACUCAAAAGUAUUGUACCCGGUUGUCCUCUGUCCUCAGUGUAGUUUACGUUGUUAAUGUACAGUAACACUAUACAGUAUGAAAGAUGGUUGUCAUCCACAUUCAGUUUUCUGCAAGAAAUGUUAAACCGAAGCUG